AUGUCAAAUAUACAUUCCUCGAAACAUCCUCUUGUCGAUCAUAAAAUCUCAAUACUUCGCAAUAAGAAUACCAAACCGAAGCAAUUUAGAGAACUCCUACAUGAAAUCGGGCAAUUGCUUGCAUAUGAAGCUACAGCUGAUUUGCCAAUUAAGCAAACUGACGUGCGGGAAAGUCCAUUGAAAUCUUACACUGCUACCGAAUUGGCCGGCAAAAUUGGUCUUGUACCCAUUCUCAGAUCUGGACUUAGCUUCGUGAAUGCUUUGGAAGCUUUGAUUCCCUCUGCACGAGUAUUACAUCUUGGAAUUUUCCGAGAAAAAGUUUCUUUGCAGCCUGUUGAAUAUUACAAUAAGCUUCCUAACGUGCCGAACGUUGAUCAAGUAAUAGUGUUGGACCCCAUGAUCGCUACAGGUGGAACUGCAAUAGCAGCCGUAUCAAUUCUUAAGGAUUGGGGCAUAACAAAUAAAAUCAAAUUUAUUACUGUGUGCGCGUCCAAACAAGGCCUUGAAAAAUUAACAGAAAAAUAUCCAGAUGUCGAAGUGUUCGUUGGUGUGGUAGAUGGAAUCUUGGACGAACAUGGUUAUAUUGUACCAGGAUUAGGGGAUGCUGGGGAUAGGUUAUACGAUACCAUACAAGAUUAA